AUGUUUUAUAGCGUAGAAGACACAUGUCAUUGUGUAGUUGCAGUGGGAGACAUCGCAUGCUUUUGUUUCAUAUUGCAUGACAUUUAAAAUUAAAAUGGCAGUCGCUUCGUCAAGGGUUGAUCGAGUUGACAAAGUUAUGUAUUUAUAUGAAUGCUCCAUUUGUUUUGAAUAUUUUAAUGAUCCAAAGCAGUUGCCUUGUCGUCAUUCGUUUUGCUGCGUUUGCCUGGAAACGUUUGUGGAUAAACAACGUUCGAUCGCAGCCAGAGAGUCGAGAGAGGUCACCGAAUUCGAUUGCCCAUAUUGUCUUUCCAAGUUUACGUUGAGUCCCGAAGAUCAAGUAGCAGGACUACCAAGCAAUGAUUUUCUUCGCAAAUUACUACAAGUUGUCCAACCGAAACAAGGGGAAAGUGCUCCUAACUGUUCUCUCUGCGACGAGCUGGCAAUUAUUGUAUGCGAAGAAUGUGAAAAGGUCUUGUGUAAAGAUUGCCACAUUGAACACAAAAGUUUGUCGGAAUUCCAAGAGCACGAAGUGCGAUCAUUGAGUCACAUGCUUGAUCCUGACCAAGUGGCAAAAAUUGGAACGCAUAAAAUGCGUUGUGUGCUUCAUAGAAAUGUUUCCCCAAAUUUUUACUGCGAAACGUGCGAGGAGCUGAUUUGUUUACGCUGUAUAAGCAGCCGAGGCAAGAUAUAUAUCCACACGGAACCUGAUCACGUUUGUGUCGGCGUUCACGAAGUGGAUUCAAAGCUACGCGCGGCACUAAAAUUAAACUGUGAGGCAACCGACGCUAAUUUAACCGAAGGAAAACAUGCGUUACAAGUCAUCGACAACAGUACAAACUAUCAUAAAGAGACUGCGGACCGGCUUAUAUUUCAAAUUCGUACACAACAAGAAAAAGUCCUGAACGAUUUUACCGAAAUAUUAAACGAGAAAGCGCAAGACAUGAUAAAUAUUGUCAACCAGGAAUAUAAUCCUGUUGUAGGUGGGUUGCGCUCCUGUCGUAGGUGGGUUACGCUCCUGCUGUAGGUGGAUUGCGCUCCUGUUGUAGGUGGGUUGCGCUAACAACUCUCAAUCAUCAUGCAGAUGGCGAUCAACCUGUAUGUACUCGAGAUCUGUAGUUAUGAGUGAGAAAAUGUUUUAAAAUUAUUUUCCUUGUUUGUAGUUGGUUUACUUUAGUUACAUUUCAGAACCAUCUUCAAAAUAUGAAAAACCGUAGUCUGCGGCGCUCAUUGGGUUAGGGCACAGAAUAAAGACAUACAGAAGUGUAUCUUCUUAUUAAAAGUGCGUAAGGGAUUUUUUCAGUCCGUCAUGUUCUUAGCAAGUGCCCUAAAGAGAGGCAGUCACCCCCCUGAAAACAUAUUGAAAAUGUAAUAUUCCAGGGGGGUGAAUGCCUCUCUUUAGGGCACUUGCUAAGAACAUGGCCGCCAGCUAUUUCGGUAAAAAAGGCCUUACGGUUUUGUAAUGGAAGUUACAUUUCUGUAUGUCUUUAUUCUGUGGUUAGGGUUUCAUAGACAAUAGACACAGGGUUUCGUAACUCCAGAAGUAGCCUGCUUGCCGCCCGAAAUUUCAAACGUAUUAUAUGUGCUUUUUUUUUCUGUGUUGGUGGGCAUUUUGGGCAUUUUGUUGGUGGGCAUUUUGGGCAUUAUGGGCAUUUUUUUUCAGAAUAGACCCAUUGCACAUGACGUCACAGCGCCGGUGGCGAUGCAUCUGGAGGACAAAUUAGCAAUCUAUGCAUAAAAAACUUUUUUAAACAAAGCAAAUUUUGCAAAACUUUAUAAUAAUUUUGUAUUAAAAUGGUUAGUUUUUGCGCUGUAUGUGGUCGUUGUACCCGAACAGAUAUUGUUAACAUCUGGAGGACACUCUAAGGAUUUGUGACGUCAGUGCAAUGGGUUUAUAUGCGUUUAUUGUUCAAAAGAAUGAACGCGAUUCCGAAGAUUGAUAUUGCGACCAUUCCAAACACCUUUUUAUAGGUAACCUUUGUUUCCAACGCGAAAGGAUGUCAGGAUACGUGAAAAAGGUAGAAAGGUCGCUGGGAGAGACGAAAUCUCUCUUGGAGACUGGAAAUAUUGCAGAGAUAUUGUCCGCUCAGGAAGAGAUCGUGGAGAAUAACGUGAUUUUGGAAAAAGAGCGAGAAAAUAAUAUACCACGGGAACCAUGUCUUGUUGAAGACUUUAAUGAAAGCAUGAUUGUGGGCGAAAUUGAUGCUUGUGAUAUUCUUAGAGAGUUGUUAGCGAUAGAAGGUAAGGUAACGGUUGGUGAACCGCAUUAAAAUACGUGUGAAAACGAAUCAAUUGAUGAUUCCAGCUAUAUAGACUAAAUUUUGAUCUAGGCAAGAAGAACAAAAUCCACAGCCCGAAAGAGCAUGUUAAAAUUAGUAAAAUUGCAAACUGUUUGGUUGCGAAAUGUUGUAAAAUGAGGCAAAAUAUAGCCCUACGAAAUUUGCGAAUUUUGUAUUAAUUUGUAUUACGCACGGGAAAAUGCACCACUUUCGGCCCAAAUUUGGUGCAUUUUCCCGCGCGAAAUGCUCAAUAGGCAAAAUUUGUUCGCGCGAGUCGAAGACGAAGUGAAAAACAAAUUUUGACAAACUGAACGUUCCCUGACGAAUUUUCAGAUGAUGUUUUUUGUUUCUGCAAUUUUGUUUAGAAUUGCACAAGAACUCUUCGAUAAUGAGAGACGAACGACAGCUAGGCAAAAAGCUUCGAGCUUUAAUCGAUAUGCCCUUCGUAUGGACACUUUGUUACAGAGCGUCUGACGAUGGCUGGAGAGCCCAGGACUUUCACAACUUGUGUGACAAAAAAGCUCCAACAGUAAUUUUGGUGAAAGUCGGAGAAAAUAUCUUUGGUGGUUACGCAGAUCAAAACUGGCAAGGUAGGUGUUUUAGAAUGUUAGAUCUUUCAUGUUACCAAUGAAUUUUAACAACAAAAAGAAACGAAGAAAAACUAAUUCGCAUUGGCAUUGUCCUCGACAGGGGGAGGGUGCUGUAUUCGCACCGCUUGUUCCCAGUUGUUGUGACAAGUCUGGAACAAGUUGUUAUCACCUUGUUACAAGGUUGAUGACAGUAACAGACUUGUUACAAGUUGUUCCAACAAGACUAAUACAGGCUUUUCGUAACAAAUUGCUACAAGCUUGUUGUCGUCAAUUUGUUAACAACAUGUUACAUGCAGACGAUAUCAGACUUGUUGGAACAACUUGUUGCGAGUCUUUUGGCCUCAUCAACCUUGUUACAAGAUGAUAGUUCCACACUUGUCAACAACUUGGGAACAAGCAGUGCGAACUCAUCUUGUUGACAAGAUGUGAGAUUUUUGCGUGUGUAAUUUGAAUAGCCCAUUAUAUAUUUUUUAGAAUGACCCAAACAUUCUAACCAAAAAUUAUAUUUCGGUUUUUCUCAUUCGUUUUAUUUCAGGUCAACAUGUGUCCAAGAGGUCUGAAGGCUGUUUUUUAUUUUCUCUACGAAACGAACACAAUUUACUGCCUUUCAAAUGUCCAUUGAUAGAGGGAAGAUCUGGCAGUGCAAUCUGUUGUUACCCUGAACGCGGUGCAGUAUUUGGCACCUGGGGCCCAGAUUUGUUAAUCUCUGACAAUGCUAAUGAGAACGUAGACUCGUGCAGCAACCUUGGAAAAGUUUAUCAACCCCCUUUUGGAUAUGAAUUUGGUACACCAGAAACGCAGUCACUUCUGGCUGGAAAUUAUAAAUUCACACCAUGUGAAAUUGAAGUGUUUUGCCUAGACUGAGCAUAAGUUGAUUUUACUAAACACUAUAGCAGAUACUGGUCAUGCAGUGAGUAGAUUUCGAAAUACUGAUACCAUAUCAAUAAUUUUCAUUUAAUUUAAUAUGAAAAAAAAC